UUCAUCCCAUUCGUUGUUGUACCUGCCCAAUAGCAGAGACCGAGCGUGUGUUAAGUCGGAUUGCAUUUUACAUUUUAUCAUUACAACCCAGCGCGAGUUUGACGCAGUGAUCUCAGUGCUCUCAUUCUGAUCAGCUGUUUUCAACCUCUCUCUCGCAUAGUUUUGAAAUAAAACAAGAUCGAUUUUUCAAGCGUUUUUUUUCCUAGAUAAGUUUUGAUGGUGAUCCACAUCGGACAGUCAACUGUGAUGGCAGACUCUGAUGCGCAAGAGACUCGCCAACCUGCAAAAGACUCUCCCUUCUCCAUAAAGAACCUGCUGAACAUCGAAGAUAAACCAGCCAAGCCCAAAAGCUUCCUCAGCUCGUCCAGAGGUGUGUUUGAAGGCAACUUCUUCUCUCGGCUCGGGGACUUGUCUUUCCCUCGGUUUGAGUUGCCCACACAGAGAAUUGGACUAUCAGCGCAGUAUUUGGAGAGAGCGUCUACCUGGUGGUACCCAUACACACUCGGCACUCAUCUGAGGACUGGAGGGUCUGAGAAGGCCAGCCUGAGGGAAGCUUCGCCUGCCAGGCGAUCCCCGGAUCUCCAAAAAAUUGACCUAGAUGCCAAAGAGGAAAGCGCCGACGAAGAUAUCGCGCUUGAGGAAAGUGACUCUGAAGAGCCAAAGAAAGAAAUAGACCAGGAAGACGACUGGAGGAGGAAAUCGGACGAGCUGGACUCCGAUAGAAAGCCCUGUCGAAAGAAGAAGACGCGCACGGUGUUUUCCAGGAGUCAGGUCUUCCAGCUGGAGUCCACCUUCGACAUCAAGCGCUACCUGAGCAGCUCAGAGAGGGCCGGCCUGGCUGCGUCCCUGCACUUGACAGAGACGCAGGUGAAAAUUUGGUUUCAGAACCGGAGGAAUAAGUGGAAAAGGCAGCUGGCCGCGGAGCUGGAGGCGGCAAACAUGAGCCAUGCGGCGGCGCAGAGGAUUGUGCGUGUGCCCAUACUUUACCAUGAGAACGGAGCCCCAGAAUCGGCCGGGGGCCCCGCUGCAAACUCGCCUAGCAGCCAGUCACUGCUGGCUUUCCCCCACCACAUGUACUAUUCCCACCAUGUCCCACUGUUGAGGCCUGUGCAACACUGACUGUGCACCAUGAGCUGUACACAUGUUUUUAAACGAGAGUGAUCUUCAUUGAAAAAAACCCCCAAUUUUGUACAUUUUGUAGAUUAAAUGAACACAAUGUUAUGUUAUAUAAUUAUUAUUAUUAUUAUUAUUAUUAUUAUUAUUAUUAUUAUUAUUAUUAUUAUUAUUAUUAUUAGGCAGCCCUUAUCCUGCUGAAGCGUCCCUUACGGCUCCAUUUGGUUUUACAUGAGGGACAUUCAAAACAUAUUAUUACAAAUAUUAUAAUUGUUAUUGGUAAAAUUGUUACAUGCUCUUAAGUGGGUCAAUAUAUUUUAAUAAUUUAAUGUUUUAUUUGGAAAAGAAUAACUUGUUUUCAAACAGGAUGACUGUCCAUAUGUAUUUUACAGAGAUGUGUGUCAGUGUUUGUAUUAAACAUGUGGAAUUUAAUAUUUUGAUAUUUUCCUAUAUUGUGCAAUAAUGUUGGCUUCACAUUAGGCUACCAGCCUUUGUCACCAUAGGCCAUAGUUCACUUUGAAUAGUGAAGACAAUCAUGGGAUCCUUAAAAAAAAUCUGCAGUUGAUGGGCAUUUGUUUUUAUGUCGCAAUGUUUUCCGGUAAUUUAAAAGCCAUGCAAAGAGCCAAAAAUAGUCUCUGUUUUGUGUAUGUUUUUCUCUGAUAUUGUUAUUGAAAAUCUGUAUAUUAUGGUCUUAAGUAAAGAUUUCGUUCCAAAAAUGUUUCUAUCUUUGAUGUAAA